AAGAGAUCAACGCCGCACAAAGCUACAGUGGUGUUGUUUACUCCCGCACACUUAUCGACCCUCACGCCCAAGACGCUCCCGCUUGGUAGAAGCUCGAGUCGGGAAAUCAGGCCCGAUCUCCCACGGCACAAAUGAACCCUAUCACUCCUAGAAAGAGGAAUAGCCCCGUCGAGGAAAUCAUAAACCGGCUCAAUAACGACUACAACCUGGGCAUCCAGUGUGUCGCAGACACAACUCUCACCCCCCACCGCCGGAAGGAGCUGGCCGAGAGUGACGAGGACUUCGGUCGCCAUGACAAGAUCUACAGAGCCCUGAACUUUCUCUACUGGCGGAAGGAUGACUCCCUGAACCAGGCAGAAGCCAACUUCUUCAUCGAGGCCAAAGCUGCGAGCUCGAACUGGGUGCCCAAAGCUCACGCCGAUCCUGAUACACUUCCGUGGUCUAAGGAACCUCCGCGCGCCGCUACUGCCGGCCAACAAUGGGCAUUGCAGACUGUGUUGCUCGAGGUGCUUAAUAGGUUUAUGCCACCUCCCAACAACACGCCAGGUCGAACGUUUGGCAGAACUCUAAGCGGCCCAAGCGGCCUGAGCCGCCCAACCCCUACCAACACCAAACGUAACGAUGAGCCUGCCAAUGUCACUUUCGCUGAUCCGCCCAAACGCUCGUUGGCUCGCUCUGCCACAGGUCCUCCUAUUCACGGCGCGGCGAUACCCUUAAAGUUUCCCGAUCCAGUGAACACCGGUUCCAAACGACCAUCUCUCGAGAGUGAGAAUCUCAAUCAGUGCACCAAGCGGGCUAAGGGCAAGCUGUCUGAUAAUGUUGCCGCUGCCGCCGCCCCGCCCGUGCCUAUUGCGAGCGCUUUGGACAAGGUACCGACUCGACGACAUGCCAAUACGAGAGACCCUACGGCAACAGGUCAGGGACGAGCGGACCAGGUGGAUUCUUUCGCUACAUCUCAAGGCACUUCCUAUGGUUCGAGUGUCUUCAGCGCUUGCCGUCACAAUCAGAGCAUUACCCAGAGUAGUUUUGAGGCUCCUCCUUCACAGCCCAGGGAGAAGCGGCCUGUGGAUGCCACGGUCUUUGAGGCUGGAAACUUGAUUGAGUCUCCCAGCAAAGGAAGAACAACCAAGCCUCACAUAGAGAACCAGCCCCUUUCAUCGUCCUCCCAGGGUGAAACUUCGUUCAGCACUUACUACGAGUCGUUUCCAAGUUCCGGCGGCGAGGGCGCAAUUCCCGAGCCGAGUCGCUCAAAUGGGCUGGCUCGGGGCGAACAAAGCGCUCGAUCUCAGGUUCAAGUUCAUGCCCCGGUUGUUGCCGCUCGGCUGAGAAAUAUUUGGCCGAAAUUUCCCAAAUGGCUACACGAAGCUCCUCUCGCUGUUGCAUGGGAAGUUACCAGACUCUUUAUGCACUGCAAAGUAGACCUGGAAGACGAGAGCCUGGGCCUAAAGUACGACCCUUCCUGGUCUACCGCGCGCGAUGUCACAGAUAUCUGGAAAACUCUCUACCGGCUCGAUGCUUUCCGUGGUAAACCCUUCCCAGAAAAGCCGCCCAACGACGUGUUCGCUACCGCAAUGACGGGCAACUUUGAGAGCAAAGGUAGUGCCGUUGUUCUUUCUGCUGUGCUGGACUACAAUCCGGACAACUCGCCUACUGCGCCCCUUUACCUUGUGAAGCUGAAGCCGCUCAUGUUCGAGCAGGGCUGUCGACUCACCCGUCGGUUCGGUCCUGAUAGGUUUUUCGAGAUCCUUAUACCGUCGCCUACGAGCACCAGCCCAAGUGUACCGCCGGUGGUUAGCAAACAACCAGGUGCAGUCGAAGAAGUCAUCCAGUGGCUCACAAUGGGGCCGCAUUCCCUUGUAGGCCGCCAGUGGCGCGCUUUCUUCGCCAAAGAUGCCGGAUACAGGAAACCUCUCAGGGAGUUCCAGCUCCGCGCCGAGGAUCCGAAACCCAUCAUCAAGGAGAGAGUCCACUUCUUUGCUGAGACCGGCAUUACGUUCCGACCUGAUGUGUUCAAGACGAGAUCUGUCGUUCCGGCAGAGGAACCUGUGCAGCAACGGACCGAGUUCAAAGUUAGUCAGAUGCUGGACUGGCUACUGCAACUCGACAACAACACUUGGCAGCCGCACCUCAAGUUGUUCUCCCGUAUCCAGCUCGGUCUGAGUAAGACAUAUGCCAUUAUGACAUUGGAGCCUCACCAGAUCAGACACCACAAGUCCGAUCUUCUUUCACCUUCAGGCACUGGCGAAGUGAUGAAUGACGGUGUGGGCCGCAUGUCGCGAAGCGUGGCCAAGAGAAUACGCGAUGUUCUCGGUUUGGGUGAUGUGCCCUCUGCUGUGCAAGGGCGGUUCGGUUCGGCCAAGGGAAUGUGGGUUAUCGACGUUGACGACACGGGCGAUGAGGAUUGGAUCGAGACAUACCCGUCCCAGCGCAAAUGGGAAUGCGACUUUGUUGAUAAACAUCAACGUACCCUCGAAGUCCGGAGCGUGGCUUCUGAAUUGAAGUCAGCUGGUCUCAACCUGCAGCUGUUGCCUGUCCUGGAAGAUAGGGCCAGGGACAAGGUAAAGAUGCGCCAAGCAAUCGGUGACCGUCUCAUCAACGAUUUGCAACGACAGUUCACCGAGCAAAAGCAUGCUUUGAAUCGCCCGGUGGAAUUUCGCCAAUGGGUUUACGAGAGUUAUUCCAGUCGCGCAACUCGAGUCAGCCAUGGCCGCGUACCUUUUCUUGCUGGGCUCCCUGACAGUCAAGAAGAGACACUGAACUUCUUGAUGAACAGUGGGUUUGAUCCCAAGAAGCAAAAGUACUUGCAAGACAUCGCCUGGGAUCUUCAAAAGCGGAAGUGUGACACGUUGAAGUCCAAGUUGAACAUCCGUGUCGGUCGAUCAGCAUACAUCUACAUGAUUGCCGAUUUCUGGGGUGUGCUUGAGGAAAAUGAAGUUCAUGUCGGAUUCUCCUCAAAGUUCAGAGACGAGGAGGAGUCUUUCACGCUUCUAUCGGACUGUGAUGUCCUAGUGGCGCGAUCCCCAGCCCAUUUCCCUAGUGAUAUCCAACGAGUUCGAGCAGUCUUCAAGCCAGAGCUUCACAGUCUCAAGGAUGUGAUCAUCUUCUCUACUAAAGGAGAUGUUCCGCUUGCUAAGAAGCUGUCUGGUGGAGACUACGACGGCGAUAUGGCCUGGGUCUGCUGGGAUCCGGAGAUCGUUGAUGGUUUCGUCAAUGCAGAAAUGCCUCUGGAGCCCGACCUGUCUAGGUACCUAAAGAAGGACAAAACGACCUUCAAACAACUUAUGGCCUCACACGGCACGGGCUCAGCGGCCAAAGAGCAGACUACAUACGAUAUGAUCCAGAAGAGCUUCCAUUUCGCCUUGCAGCCCAACUUCUUGGGCAUGUGCACUAACUACAAAGAAAGACUCUGUUACAUCAACAACAGUGUGUCUAACAAGCCGGCCAUUAUUCUUAGUUCACUGGUGGGAAACCUCGUCGAUCAGAGCAAGCAAGGUAUUGUCUUUAAUGAAGCAAGCUGGGCUCAAUUGCGUAGGGAACUGCUUGGCGGUGCAUUGUCCCUUCCUGACCCAAUGUACAAGAGCGACAGUUGGCUCGGGCGCGGAGAGCCUACCCACAUUAUUGACUACCUGAAAUUCUCCAUUGCCAGGCCUGCGAUUGACAAGGAACUGGAAGCCUUCCACAAUGCCAUGAAAGCGGCCAAGGACACAGAAGACGGCGCUCACUUUUGGGAUCCGGAUCUCGCUUCCUACUACACAUUCUUCAAGGAAAUUAGCGACAAGUCGCGGUCGUCCGCACAGCUUUUCACGACUCUGAAGAACCGUAUCGGCGAAGUCGAGAAAGAAUAUGGCAGGUUGGUCAAAAACAAGGAGAUGAGAGACAGCAAGGACCCCUACCCUGUCCGCGUCAACCAGGUUUAUGAAAAAUGGUGCGCCAUCACGCCCGAGGCCAUGGACAAAUCCGGAGCCAACUAUGAUUCUAAGGUGAUCAGGUUGCUGGAGCUUUCCUUCCUCGCGGACCGCGAAAUGAAUACAUGGGCAUUGCUGAGGGCUAGCACGGCUUUCAAGCUGUACUACCACAAGAGCCCCAAGUUCGUGUGGCAGAUGGCGGGCAGACAGCUCGCGUACAUUAAGGCGCAGAUGACGAGCAGACCCGGUGAAGGCGUCCCGGCGUUGAUGACCGCGUUCAUGUAUGCGGGCUUGAUGCCGGAUAAGAAGUUUACGAAGCAGUAUGUGGCCAGGCUGGAGGGCGAUGGAUCGGAGUACCCUGAUCCGGAGGACUAUGAAGUGCUGGGCGAUGAUAAUUUUGAUGGAAUUGGUUUCACAGGGAAUGGCGAUUAUUAGUCGGGUUGCUUGGAGGGGGCCGUUGCAUCCUUAUUUUUCCGAUUUUCCGAGUCUUUGGUGCUGGGAAUGGGAAUUUUCUGACCAUGUUCCUUCCCU